AUGUCACAACCACCGUUACCUCAACUGGUAUCGAACUGGCUAUUCAAUGUCAUUCAACCACUGUAUUUGUACAAGCAGCUAGUCUACACUCAUGUGUAUCAAUUUCUACAACAACAUCUCAAAAGGAAUCUAAAUUUCAGGAUACGAACACAAGUGCAUACAUCUGAAGAAACUGGACAAUCAGAGCUAUUGAUAAAUUUGUUUGGCACAAUUGUAGUUGACGAGCAUAUUGGUGUCCCUAUUGAAAUAUGGCUUCCAUUCACCUACCCAUAUUCAGAUUACGACAGAAAAGGUGCCCCAUUGGUGUAUGUUGUUCCUGAUCAUGCUAAAGAAUGGUACUUGAAACCAACAAACAAUGUCGACCCACAAGGAAAGUUCUACCAUCCUUAUCUUUCAAGUUGGUAUCGUGAUUGCAUUGAAGUUAGUGGUGAUAUAUCAAGAACCUACAAUUUGAUUGAGUUGGUGAAUGUCAUUUGUCAAAGUGUCAGACUUGAAGUCCCUAUUGUAUUGCACCCACCAGUCCCACCAACUGAUGCACCACCAAAACCGGCCAAAAUUGCAGGUGAAUCGUCUUUACCACCAAGGGGACAGCAAGCUCCAACUCCUCUGUAUCAAUUAUCACCUAGUCGAUCAGCUGUUGUAUCCCCGCAAAGUACAGGACGUCCAGAGUUACCAGUAAAGCCACCAAAAGUCGUAUCACCACAACAUACGCAGAAUAAUGGAGUGCCGGAAAAGUACCAGCGGCCCUUGCCUUUGCCUCAAGAUUCACCUAGCCCAGUGUUCCCGACUGCUAAUGUGGCUCCUGUCACCUCACAAUAUACACAGCCGCACGCCUUCGAGCAAUACAGGUCACCCACACCACAGGAGGGGUUAGGGUCCCAAAACUACCAUAAUGCCCCCCCUAGGCAAUUACAACCUGAACCUAUAGACUUGGUCGAUAGCAUUGCUCAACUAUCUGUAGUUGACAAUGAACGAAGAGCAUCCCUAGAAAAUCUAUCACACCAAUUCAACAACUACUUUGCCCAAGAUCAAAUUCACUAUGAUACGCAGUACAUCAACGAAAAUAUUCAAAAGACAAAUGCAUUGUUCACUCAAUUAACCCGUCACAAUCAGCAAGCAUUGGAAAACUCUAAAAACUUGGACGAUCAUAUAACUCACAUUUCUACACGACUAUCAAACUUGACCAAUUUGAAUCAAGAAUUGAGUAUACUUCAUGAACUCAAUAAUCAAGCUCAAGAUAAAGUCAUUCUUAGUAACACGUUUGAGCUACCUUUAGACGAGUUGAUCAUACCUGAUCUGCCUUUGGUUAAACAGUUGUAUGAAGUAGUCCUGGAAAUCAAAGCUAUCAAAGAUACACUCAACUUGAUUUCAGGCAACUUUCAUGGGUGUAAAGAAGUGGUUAAUGAUAAGAACUUGGAUGUUUGUGUCAAAACGGUCAGAAAUUUGGGUAGGGAGUUGUUCUGGUUGGAACUAACCAAGAACGAGAUUGCAAGUAACAUAAUGAACUUGCAGGCGUGA